GCAUCCAUGCUGGAAAGCCCGGAAAUGAUCGCCCUUCAGCAGCUGUCUGCCUCCUCGAGGGCCCCCCCUGCCGGCUCCCCCCGCCAGCCCCUUCCACAGCAGCCCCCGCAGGCAACCCCAGCCCCCGGCCUGCACCCCAACUUGCCUCCACUCGAAAUGCGGCAGCAUAGCCUCUCCGGGGACAGUGGAGGCGACGGCCGCUCUGCCAACGACCUGGACCCCGUGCCCAAAGGUGUGACCCCCGUCGAGCCCCCGGCGGCCAUCCAGCCGGCCCGAGUGGGACCAGUGCCGGCCAAGCAGGAGCGCCGGUCCGUCCCGAGCCCCACAGAGCACCCUGACCAAUCCGGCGGGGGCCUUCAGAGCCCGUCUGGCCCGGACGUGAACAGGCAGCAAGAGCGGGGGAAGGGAGAGCCGGCGCCGGGACACCCCCAGGGCACAGAAACGUGUGACAGGGAGGGGAACCGCGUGGCACAGCCUCCCCACCACCAGGCAUCCCAGAAUGCACCUCGUCAUGGUGCGGCUCGAAACCUGCCGCAUGCCGGACGCCCACCCACGGCCCCGGGCCAUGCUGCUCCGCGGCCCCCCGGGGACAGGAGGCCAGGGGAGACCCCAAACGGCAGCCCUGUCCCUCAGCAGCACACCGGCCCAGCCAUGAUGAGGUCACCGGCACCCCCCAAUGGCCACUACGAACAGCCCACUUUCAGCCCAGAGAUGCAGCAUCCUGGCCAGGGCAGGCCCCCACAUGGCCCCCGAGGGCCAGCAGCAUCUCACAUGCCCCCCCACCCCCAAGGGCAGGAAAAUGGGGCCAUGGUCCAGUUUGGCAUGGGCAGUACCCCCCAUGCACAGUACCGCCUGCCCGUCGGACGGUCGCUGCCCGCGUCAAACCACCAGGCUUUCCCCAGCCAGCCCCUACAGCAGACUCUGAACCCCCACACUGGCCCUGCCCAGUAUCCUUCAUAUCACCGGCAGGGGGCGACGUAUCCCUACCACAUGGCCGCCUCCAGCCACCAAGGGAACUCCAAUAUGUUCCCACCGUACCAGCAGACGCACUACUACCCCCAGGCCCGGGGUGGCUUCCCAUCAGAGGAGUGGCACGCUGCCCCCUACCAGCCUUGCCACCCCGUGCCCUCCAACGCCUACGUCUCCGCCGGCGCCGCCCCAAAUGGCCCCGGGCACGUUAAGGACAGCGGCAUGUCCCCGGAGGGUGCGGGGGGCUCCUUGCUUUCCCCAAGCCCCCGGCCUGAGGGCCCCCGGCCUGAGGGCCCGGCAAACAGCCGGGAGUCCGGCAGCCCGGUGAAAGUGGCUCGCGUGGAAGGAGGCCCCGACCGAUCCGAGAGCCCCAAGGAGAUCCUGGACCUGGACAGCCACACCGCCAUGGCCCGAGGUCGAUCCGGCCAGCCCCCCUGCGCCCCUGGCUUCCUGUACGACCCCCGUGCCAUGCAUCCUGGUAUGCAGCAGGGCGGCGCCCCACCCCCCCACAUGAUGUCUCACCCUCCCUAUUCAGCCCACCCAUAUCCCGGUGGUCACUAUGCCCCUCAGCGACCCCACCCGCACCUGAUGGAGGCCCUACAGCGCCCCCAGCACCUGCCUUAUCCUGGUGGUCAGUCUCGCAUGGCCCCAUACAGACACCCUCAAGCUGGGGGCCACUUCCAGGGCAUGAUGGUCCCCCAGAGAAGCGUGGUGCCUGAACACUACCUUCACCCUGGGCAGCAGGGGAUGUGUG